CUAACCGCUCGAUUUCGACCGUUAAUUUUCUUUCACCCCUUUCUUCCCAGUUGCUGUCAGAAUUGACUUCAGAUUGAAAAAAAAAAACAGCAAUGAAAGCUUUGUUUCGAUGCUCAAAGUCUUUCUUAACUGACCCAACACGAGGAAACUCUGUACUCGUCUCUGCUUUCUCAAAGUCAUCGAAAUCCAAAACCCGUGAGACCCAAUCGAAGAUCCAAGCAGAAGCUGUAUCAAUCAACUCACUUUUUAACGAGAUCACUGAGAUUUUAGGAUCAGAUGCUGUUAAACCAGACGAAACCAACCAGCCGAGGCUUCCCGUGUCGGGAAGUGAUGGAGCAUUGGAUUCUUGCACGCAAAGUGUUCGUGAAAAUGCCAGAAUGGGAUUCUCCGAAGAGGCUAACAAAGGUGUGGUUGUUUCUUCUGAAGAGUUCGACGUGAGUCCUCUUGUUCGUGAGAUUACGAGCGUCAUCAGAGCAGAUGACGAUAUCAUGCUUUCCAUGGAGGACAAGUUAGAGAAACUGAGUCGUAGCUUUGAACCAGAGAUAGUGGAGAAAGUACUCAAAAGGUGCUUCAAGGUUCCUCAUCUAGCUCUGAGGUUCUUUAACUGGGUGAAAGAAAAGGAUGGUUUCUCACACACAGUAGGAGUUUACAACACCUUGCUAAGCAUAGCUGGGGAGGCUAGGGAUCUCGAUACGGUAGAGGAAUUGAUCAAAGAAAUGGAGAGGAACUCGUGUGAUAAGGACAUCAAGACAUGGACCAUUCUCAUCUCCGUGUACGGUAAAGCGAAAAAGAUUGGGAAAGGCCUGCUCGUCUUUGAGAAGAUGAGGAAAGACGGCUUCGAACCCGACGCUGCGGCUUAUAACAUCAUGAUUAGGUCUCUAUGCAUCGCUGGGAGAGGCGAUCUCGCUGUUGAGUUCUACAAGGAGAUGAUUGAGAAAGGUAUCACUUUUGGUUUGAGAACGUACAAGAUGUUACUGGACUGCACAGCGAAGUCAGAGGAGGUCGAUAUAGUCCAGUCUAUUGCUGAUGACAUGGUUAAGAUAUGCGAAGUUUCGGAGCACGACGCGUUUGGUUAUCUGCUCAAGAGUUUUUGUGUUUCUGGAAAGAUUAGAGAGGCUCUGGAGCUGAUUCGGGUGUUGAAGAGCAAGGAAGUGUGUAUUGACGCUAAGUAUUUCGAGAUUUUGGUUAAAGGACUAUGCAGAGCUGGUAGGAUGGCGGAUGCUCUGGAGAUUGUUGAUAUAAUGAAGAAGAGGAACAUGGAUGAUUCGAAUAUCGACGGGAUCGUUAUCAGCGGGUAUCUUAGGCAAAACAAUGUUUCUAAAGCACUUGAGCAUCUGGAGGCUAUGAGAACUUCAAAGCGUUCGCUUAGAGUCUCUACAUACACUGAGAUUAUGCAACACCUAUUCAAGGAGAAGGAGUUUGAAAAGGGCUACGAGCUGUUUAAAGAGAUGGUAGAUGAUGGGAUUGAGCCUGAUAGCGUCGCUAUCACAGCCGUGGUUGCUGGUUACUUGGGCCAGAACCGAGUAGAAGAGGCGUGGAAGGUGUUUAGCAGCAUCAAACCGACGUGGAAAGCUUAUUCCAUCUUUGUGAAGGAGCUAUGCAAGUCAGCAAAGUAUGAUGAGAUUAUAAAGCUACUUAAUCAGAUGCACGCCUCUAAGAUAGCUGUGAGGGAUGAUAUGUUUGCUUGGGUUAUCUCUUGCAUGGAGAAACAUGACGAAAAGGAGAAGAUUGAACAUAUCAAAGAACUUCAGAAGAAAUGCAAAUUCCAUCAAGAACUAAGGCAAGAAGAGGAGCUUGAUCUUCCGCAAGUAGUGCAACAGUCAGAUCUUCCAGCAGCUUCAUCUGCUGUUGACAUAAUGGAUGUGCAAGAGAUUUGCCGCAUCUUAUCAUCCUCCUCCAGAGACUGGGAGAGAACACAAGAAUCUCUAGAGAAAUCGACUGUCAAGUUCACACCAGAGCUAGUAGUUGAGGUUCUCCGUAACGGCAAGAUACAUGGUAACGCUGUUUUACGUUUCUUCUCAUGGGUGGGGAAGAGAAACGGUUACAAACACACUUCCGAGGCGUACAACAUGAGCAUCAAAGUAGCAGGGAGUGGGAAAGAUUUCAAGCAGAUGAGAAACCUGUUCUACGAGAUGAGAAGACAAGGAUGCGUGAUAACACAAGACACAUGGGGGAUCAUGAUAAUGCAGUACGGUAGAACCGGUCUAACCGACAUUGCGAUCAGAACGUUCAAGGAGAUGAAAGAUACUAGUCUGUCUCCAAAGCCUUCGACCUUCAAGUGUUUGAUCACAGUUCUUUGCGAGAAGAAAGGCAGAAAUGUCGAAGAAGCCGUCAGAACAUUCCGGGAGAUGAUUCGUUCUGGUUUUGUUCCAGAUAAAGAACUAGUCCAAGACUACUUGGGAUGCUUAUGUGAAGUUGGUAACACAAAGGAGGCGAAACAUUGUUUGGAUUCUCUAAGCAAGAUAGGUUUCUCAGUCCCUGUGGCUUACUCCAUUUACAUAAGAGCUCUCUGUCGAAUCGGAAAGCAAGAGGAAGGUCAGUCAGAGCUAGCCAGCUUUAAAGGAGAUAGAUCAUUACUAGACCAGUUUACUUACGGAAGCAUUGUUCAUGGUCUAUUGCAAAAGGGACGGUUACAAGGAGCAAUGGACAAAGUGAACUCCAUGAAGGAAGCAGGAAUAAAACCUGGCGUCCAUGUCUACACAUCUCUGAUUGUUCACUUCUUCAAGGAGAAUCAGAUAGACAAGGUACUAGAGACGUGUAAGGAGAUGGAAGAAGAAAGGUGUGAGCCUACGGUUGUUACGUAUACGGCAAUGAUAUGCGGGUACAUGAGCGUGGGGAAAGCGAAAGAGGCUUGGAGAGUAUUCAAUGAUAUGAAGGAGAAGGGAGCUUCGCCGGAUUUUAAAACGUACAGUAAGUUCAUAAACUGUUUGUGCCAAGCGGGUGAAUCUGAAGAUGCACUGAGACUUGUGUCUGAGAUGAUUGAUAAGGGUAUUGCUCCGAGUACUGUCAAUUUCCGAACAGUUUUGUAUGGGUUGAACAGAGAAGGGAAGCAAGACCUUGCCAGGAUUGUUUUACAGAAAAAGUCUGCUUUACUAGCACAGCGAAAGGUAUCUACAUGACCUCUCUGUGACAUUCCAAUGUAGAUUCUUUUUACAUGGAAACGGAGC